GAGAGAGAGAGAGAGAGAGAGAGAGAGAGAGAGAGACUGAGAGGUCAGAGGUCUCACAGCUGUAGACUGCAGCAGCACCAGCACCAGCAGAGAGAGAGAGAGAGAGAAAGCUAAUUAAUAUUACUGAGAUGGUGUCAGAGCUGAGAAGAGACUCCUGAAGAGAGUUCUGUGCUCUGAAGGAUAUUGCGGCUAACCUUCAGGACAUUUGUUUGUGGGAUUCUUUUAAUUGUUAUAUUUUUCGAAGGGACUCAAUUGAGUUGGAUGCAGGUUUAGCUUAGCCUUCCGUCAUGAUUCUUCUGGGAAGCUGUAUGAGGAGGGGGCAGACUGGCUGCCACAGAGGUGGUCUGGCUGGGCCCUGUCAGGUUCUGCUUCUGGCCUGCUGUAUCCUGGUGGUCCUGGGGGCCAAGACGAAGACACCUGGCCACAAACACCUCAACUCCAUCCGCAUAGACGGGGACAUCUCUCUUGGUGGCCUCUUCCCGGUACACGCCAGAGGCAACGACGGUAAAGCCUGUGGGGAGCUGAAGAAGGAGAAGGGGAUCCACAGACUGGAGGCCAUGCUGUUCGCCCUGGACCGCAUCAACAAUGACCACGAGCUGCUGCCUAACAUCACUCUGGGUGCCAGGAUCCUGGACACUUGUUCCCGGGACACCCACGCCCUGGAGCAGUCGCUCACCUUCGUCCAGGCACUCAUCGAGAAGGACGGGACGGACAUCAAGUGCUUGAGCGGCGGGCCGCCCAUCAUCACCAAGCCUGAGAGGGUGGUGGGUGUCAUCGGGGCCUCCGCCAGCUCUGUGUCAAUCAUGGUUGCCAAUAUCCUGCGGCUCUUCAGGAUCCCCCAGGUGAGCUAUGCCUCCACGGCUCCGGAGCUGAGUGAUAACACGCGCUACGACUUCUUCUCCCGUGUCGUGCCCCCGGACACCUACCAGGCACAGGCCAUGGUGGACAUAGUCAAAGCCAUGCGCUGGAAUUACGUCUCCACAGUAGCAUCAGAGGGUAACUAUGGAGAAAGCGGUGUGGACGCCUUCAUACAGAAGUCCCGCGAAGACGGAGGUGUGUGCAUCUCUCAGUCAGUGAAGAUACCACGAGAACCUAAGCCUGGAGAGUUUGACAAGAUCAUCCGCAGACUGUCAGAGAACCCCAACGCCCGGGUUGUUAUUCUCUUUGCCAACGAAGAUGACAUUAGGCGGCUUCUUCAAGCAGCUAAGAAGGACAACCAGACAGGACAUUUCAUCUGGGUGGGAUCAGACAGCUGGGGGUCUAAGAUCUCCCCCAUACUGAACCAGGAGGAGAUGGCAGAAGGUGCUGUUACCAUCCUACCUAAACGGCAGUCCAUCCGAGGGUUUGAUCGCUACUUUAUCAGCAGAACUUUGGAUAACAACAGAAGGAAUAUUUGGUUUGCAGAGUUCUGGGAAAACAACUUUCAGUGCAAACUCAGUCGACACGCUCUGAAGAAAGGAUCCAGCAUCAAAAAGUGCACAAACCACGAACGGAUCGGGAAGGACUCGUCCUAUGAGCAGGAGGGGAAGGUCCAGUUUGUGGUCGACGCAGUCUACGCCAUGGCUCAUGCCCUACACAACAUGCACAAGGAGCUCUGUCCAGGCAAAGUGGGCCUCUGCUCCAAAAUGGAAACCAUCAAUGGAACCAUGUUGCUCAAGUUCAUUCGCAAAGUCAACUUUACAGGUUUGUCUGUGUAA